AGGAGCUGCUGCUGCUGCUGCUGCACGGCGCAAGGGAAGGCGGCUUGCUCCGUGCAACUCUGCGUGUGUCUGUAUGUAUAUAUAUAUGUGUGUGUGGGUUUGUGUGUGCAGUAGCAGAUUGCAAGCGCUUCAUCUCCACGUUGUGGAGGCAAGAGAGAGGCAACUGGCGCAUUGGAAAACAUAACUCAAACACGCUCCCCUCUCCUCUCUCCCUCCCACAUUACUCAAAACAAGCCAGCAGCCACGCCGAUUCGGCUCAGCUCAACUCGGAUCCCUCCCCCGGUGGCCAAGCUUCUUUUGGAAAGCCUCUUGGCGUACAGAAUCAUGAUGAGGUAUUUGUUUUGAACUUGGAGCUGCCUUGAACAUAGUCGAAAGUUACCGGGGUUACAUUUGGAGAGGUGUCAACUUUAUGCUGGAGUGAAGGCCCGGUGGAGGUGGGGUGAUGGACUGUUAAAUAUGCACUCAGAAUGUAGUGACUAUUCAACCCUUGGGGGUCUGAACGGAAUGUCUGUGGAUGAGAAGCCUGAAUCGCCCAUGUAUGUGUAUGAGUCAACAGUGCAUUGUACAAAUAUCCUCCUGUGCCUCAAUGCCCAGCGCAAGCAGGAUAUCCUCUGCGAUGUGACCGUAACGGUGGAGAGGAAGGAAUUCCGUGCCCACCGCGCUGUCCUGGCGGCAUGCAGUGAAUAUUUCUCACAGAAUUUGAUCGGGCAAACAGAACAUGAGCUGGUUAUCACACUGCCUGAGGAGGUCACCGCUAGAGGAUUUAGCCCAUUGUUGCAGUUUGCCUACACUGCGAAGCUAUUACUCAGCAGGGACAACAUUCAAGAGGUCAUGCACUGUGCUCAAGUCCUGCACAUGAACAAUCUGGAGGACUCCUGCUUUCGUUUUCUUGAAGCUCAGCUCUUCAAUGAGAAAGAUGGUUUCAUUUUUUACACCAAAGUGUCAUCUUUCCCGCAGUCUGAUGAACAAGAAGUUGGGAACUCCGAAGGUGAGGAAGAGCACAUGCAGUCAGAGACUCAUAAGAUCACCUGUUCCAAGGAAAGAAUAUGUGAUGAGACACUUGGAUGUGAGGCAUCUCCAAGGUUAUCUGAGAAGGAACCCGCUGUGAUAUCUAUUCCCAUUACAUCAAGUGAUGAUAUGGGACGCUGCCCAAAAUACAGGAAAUAUCAACUAGCUUGCACAAAGCAUAUCAAUAGCACACCACAUACUAGUACCUCAGGUUUUCAAAGCACAUUUAAAGAAGACCGCCCAGUCCAUGCCCAAACACAAGGAUACAGCAAGGUAAAAAUAGAACCGCAUGUUCCGGAAACCGCUGGAGACAAGCAUUUGGCUGGAGCUGAAUCAAAUGCAAUGGAACAUGUUAUAAUUGAUAAGGAAAUAGAUCUUAAACAGUUGAGUCCAAUGUGUGUUGACCGACCUAAAAGUAGAACGCCCCCUUGUUCGAGAUUCACAAAAAAGACUGAUAUGGAAUCUACUGAGAGACAAAGCCCACUGCAACAAACCUUCAACACCGGAACAUCUUGUUCCCUUGAAGAGGGAAUGACUCAGGGUGACCUCAAAACUGAAUACAGGCCUUACAGUGCGAAUCCUGGACUGUCUUGCAUGCCUCAAAAAGAUUGCAGAAGUUUUAUUGCUGGACCAUCUUGUGAAGUGAUUUGCAAGCAAGAACUGGAAUCUGACAGAAAGAGCGUAAUAUUUUCUUCUGGUACCUUGGACACUCCUGCUGCACAUUCAUAUCCUGGUGGGAGUUCACUAGAAACCGAGCUCACUGAACAUGUGCCAAAGGGUUUGUGGACUGGUACUAGCCAGUCACUCCCAUGUUCACAGACUUGUCCUUCUACUGAACUUUCAAUGGAGCCUUUAUUACCACUGAAUUCAUGUAGAAUUCGAUCCACUUGUAACACCAGCUGCCCAGUGCCAAUUAAAGUGUGCCCCCGAUCCCCUCCAUCUGAGACCAGAACCAGAACCUCAAGUUCCUGCUCCUCCUACUCCUUUCCUGAAGAUGGAAGUGGUGGUUCUCCUUGCAGUUUGCCUCAGUUUGAAUUGUCCACAUCUCCCUGUUCACAAGGAACGCGCUUUCUAUCUGUAGAGCAGCAAGACCUCGGUAUGAUGGGGGAUGCAAUGUAUAGUCAAUGUAAACCACCUUUAAAAUGUGAACAGUCGUACGUCACCAACUCAAGUGAUGAGUCUGGGUCAUUUUCAGAAGGGGACAGUGAGUCGUGCUCGACUCGGGAGCAAGGAAAUGAGGUCAAACUCCCCUUUCCAAUAGAUCAAAUCACAGAUCUUCCAAGGAAUGAUUUCCAAAUGAUGGUCAAGAUGCACAAAUUAACCUCUGAGCAGUUAGAAUUUAUCCAUGAUGUCCGCCGGCGUAGUAAAAACCGGAUUGCAGCCCAGCGUUGUCGGAAGCGAAAACUCGACUGCAUUCAGAACUUGGAAUGUGAAAUUCAUAAGUUGCUUUGUGAAAAAGAAAAGUUGCUGACAGAAAGGAACCAGCUGAAUGCUUGCAUGGGAGAACUGUGGGAUAACUUCUCAUGCCUUUGCCAAGAAGUGUGUGGAGAUGUCCAAUUAAGCCCGGAACAAAUGCAGACAUUUUGUCCAGUCUUUCGGCCAGUGGAUGAGCCUGCAGCUACGGGUAGCACCAUCUCGCCCCCUGAUGGAUUGGAGCGGAAGUUUCAGAAAACGCAGUGCACUGGAGAUGGUGUGCAAUGUUGCUCAGAGCAAGCAGGAUCCCAUAAUCAAGACCAGUGGCCGUGCGGCCACAAUGCAGAAGUAUGCACAGCGGGAAAUAUGCAGAGGCUGCUUGACCAAGGAACGUGCUUGGAGAAGAGGCCCUCUUUUGAACAGUGCAGUCAAACUGUGACGGUAGAUUUCUGCCAGGAAAUGGCUGAUAAAUGUACAACUGAUGAACAGCCUAGGAAAGACUGCACCCAGUGACUGAUUCGUUCUUCCCUUUUGUUGUUGUUUUUUUUUAAAUAAGCAGGCGGUUCACUUGAUCAGGAUGCAGACAACAUUCAUCUGUUGAUGCUUUUCUCUUUGAUGCACACUACAACAGUCUUAAUCAGCAGCAAUGCUCUGUCCAGGUAUUACUCCUCACAACAGCCGAGGUUUAUCCUCUCAUUGGUGCUAUACCUUGCUUGUGCAGGGAACAUGACAGUGAUAAUGACGCUGUUAUUUUGUUAUGAUUAUUAAUUAUUGUUGUAAGGAGUUUGGCCUUCAUUCUCAAAAAGAAUGUCAGCCAGCAUCUCAUUUUACCUUGAAGGACCCUACAAAAAAACUCAGUUAUAUCUUUCAACACGUUCAGUGGCUCAUGCCACACACCAACUCAGGAAAUCUUCUGAAUGUUCAACAUGACUCAGUAACAUUAAAGAUGGUUUCUCAUCUAAUAUCUGCACACUGUAAAAUGUACUCCUGCAUCCUCUGUUUUAAUUCAUUAUUAUACUGGAACUCUGUUUGCCUUGUACAAAGAAUCUGGUUACAACAUUCCCAUUUUGCCUUCUGCAGAACCUGACCGGAACUUUUAAGAUAUUAGUCAGUUAGAUUUUCACACUUGAGCAAUAUCACCUUCUUUGUACUUAGAAAAAAAGAAAAAAAAAGAAUUGAAGUGUAAUUUAUGUAAAUUGAAUUUGUAAGACACCUCUGGCACUCCUUUGAAGGUGCCUUUUGAGCAGGGAAGAUCUAUUGUUAUUGCUGAUGUAGAAGCGUGAUGGUCAAAACUGCCACUUGCACUGUGUCCGUCAUUGGGCUCUUUGCUCUCACACCUGAUGCAUUUACACAAUUGUGUUUAAAAAUCAAGGACAAGAUAUUCAAUGAGAUAGAGGUCAGGCUUUGUCCCUUCCCAACCCAAACAAAUAUUGAAUGGCAACACUUGCCACAGCAGCGGCCACGAGCGAGAGUUGUGCAGAGUGACCAAUAGUGGAUUUUGUAAAUUAGGCUCUUGGUAUUCAUAUUCACUAAUGUUUCAAUUUUUAACUCUAAUUUUCAACUAUAAUUAUCAUUGUUAAUGAAACUUCUGCUUUGAGACUAGGUUUAACACUGAAGUGUAGGGAUGUGAAUGCGUGGGCCACUGAAUCGGAAAUACUGUAUGUAAACCUUUUGAAAAUAUAUAUUUUUUAAUCACGAACUUUAACAUUAUUUUGUUUUUGUUUUUUGGUUUUAUUAUGACCCUAGAGACAUGCUUUUGCAUUGAGUAAAAGGCUUCAUGGUUCCACCACUGCAUUCUGUCACAGAGACAGUGACAUUCCAAAUCUCCCAGUGGAAUUUCCUCCUCUCGCUAACCCUCUCUCUCACUCUCUCUUUCCCUUUCUCCUCUAUAUCUCUUCGCUAUCUCUUCUCUCUAUCUCUCCUUCUCUACCUCUCUCACUCACACUCUCUUUCUCUCUCACUGCUAGUUAUUUCCCAAAUUAGAUUAACUAUUAACUGACAUCUGAUUGAGACUUACACUUGUGCAUAAAGCUUCUGCUUCACAUUUCUUACUGACGAGAAGAUUUAACACAGGAAAGAGGCGAUGCCUUUUCUUGAAAUUUUCUGCACACUUUUUAUUUUGGUGAGUGCAAUCUGGUGAAAACUGAAUACACUGAUCAGCCCAAUUCAGCCAAUAUACUUUUGGUACUCUAAUUCACCGAAAGCAGGGAAAUUAACUUUCUAAGCUAGAUAACAAGAGUGAAUUGAAAUAAUUAAUUGAUUGGAGAAUGUUUGGGGACAUACCGAGCCUGUGGACCUGUAAGAACAAUGCAAUUUUCUGUGGAGAAAAAAAUAUAUUUUCCAGAAGCUAUGAAUAAAAUAGCAAAACCAGUUGUAGCAAAGAUUACUGCUGUCGUCAUACAGUAAAAUAUUCCCUUUUCCAUUUUUUUGCUAAAAAAAAUCUCAAUGCAUUUCUGAAACACAGCAUUUGGUGUGACAGUCAUGUCUUUCCAGUUCUCCACUUCUGACCACCUCUGACCACAGCUCGAGCUUUUUCCAAAAUACUGCCUCCUAUGUCCUAAUGUGCCCCAAACCCUUUUAUCAUUCAUUGCUCUGCCUGCUACCUUGGUUUCCAGUUAAGUGGUACCACGUUUUGUUUUAUAAUUCACACCUAUUUUCAAAACUUUUCUUGACUUUGAUCCUCUCAAUCUCUAUAACCUUUCCCAGCCCUAUAAUCUUUAGACCUCUGCACUACGAGAUCUAAUCUAAUGGGGAUUCCCUAUUUUAAUUCAUCACCAUAAACAGCCAUGUCCUCACCUGCCUAGUCCUUAAUCUCACCACCUCCUCUUCCAAAUCCCUCCACCUAGCUACCUCCUUUUUUUUUCUUUAACAGUCCUGAAAGCCUACCUCUGACCAAGGUUUUGGUCAUUCAUUCCCCUAAUAUGUCUUUGUGUGCUUGGUGUCAAAUAAUUGCUCCCUGGGAUGGUUUACAAUUUUAAAGGUGCUACAUAUACAGUAUAUUGUUCUUCUUCUUGUUAUUGGUGUGUAAAACAACCAUUUCAUCCUAUUGGGGACAAUAGUCUGUAUUAGACAAUAGUCUUACACAAAGCCAGAAGUUGCAGGUGUAGACCACUGGCCAUCGAAAGUUGGAAAGGGAGACAUCAGAAAGCCAAUUAGAUUAACAGAAAAUAAUGAGACACUUCUCUGACGAUUAAACCUUAAAAUACAGGGAGUUUAAUUUGCAUUUUGUGUUCAGACAAUGCUGAUUCUACCCAAAGCUACUUCAAGUAACUGCCAAUAUUGUUCAGUUCCUAAGCUUGGUGGUUGCAGCUGGGCAAUUCUAACCAUUCUUAGAAAAUGUUGUGUGCAUUUCAAUUUUAAUUUAAAUGAUCAUAAAUGGUAAGCAAAUAUCCCUUUAUCCUGACACAGUUUUGCAAUUGUCGGUUUUCACCUUGUUAUAAGUUUUUUUUUAAUUUCUGAUGCAGCUAGGUAUGUUUUAACAGUUGUUAUUGCUAGAUAUCACUUCCAGUUUCCAAAUAAUGGAAAUAUGAACUGUAACAAUCCAUGAUCCAUGCAUUUCAUACCAGUGUUCCAGCAGCAUUUUUUCUUUAAUGCUUCAGGAAAGUUAAGCUUAGUAUCCAUAAUAUAGCAGUAAACUAUUUUCAUAUUUGCAUAACUGAUUAUGUAAAAAUUUUUGUUGCUAUUCUGAACCAUGUUACAGUUUAUCAGGAGAUUAACAGGAGACAUUAUUUAUCUCCCAAGUGUUCUUGUAUUAAACUGCACAGACAACCUCA